UGCUCCGCCUCCUGUCUCUCUCCCCGUGUCCGCAGCUGCAGGGACGGAUUAAUCAUGGCAGCCUCCAAGCCCGUGGAGCCUCAAGGCGGACACGGGAUCCCCCACUGGAAGGUGGCUUUGGCCGUAGGGGCCCCGCUGCUGCUGGGAGCCGGGGCGUUCUAUCUGUGGAGACGGCGCAGCACGUCCAAGAGGGACAGUCAGAGGAUAACACCCGAAGGCAGGGCCAGCCCUGUGCCGAGUGGAAGCAGCCCCAACCAGGAGUCCGGGACUCCACAGGAAUUGAGUCCUCUGGAAAGGGCACAAGCCGCAAAGAACAAAGGUAACAAAUAUUUUAAGGCUGGGAAAUAUGAUCAGGCCAUCCAGUGUUACACCGAGGCCAUCAGCCUCUGCCCUCCAGAGAAGAAGGUGGAUUUGUCUACUUUCUAUCAGAACAGAGCGGCCGCCUACGAACAGCAACAAACAUGGAAAGAGGUUGUGCAAGAUUGCACUAAGGCCGUGGAACUGAAUCCCAGAUACGUUAAAGCUCUUUUCCGACGGGCCAAGGCCCACGAAAGACUAGACAACAAGACGGAAUGCUUGGAAGAUGUCACAGCUGUCUGCAUCCUGGAAGGAUUCCAGAACCACAAUAGCAUGCUGCUUGCAGAUAAAGUCUUGAAGCUACUUGGAAAAGAAAAAGCCAAAGAGAAGUACAAGAACAGGGAGCCACUGAUGCCUUCGCCCCAGUUCAUUAAAUCAUACUUCAGCUCCUUCACCGAUGACAUCAUCUCCCAACCUCUGCAAGAAGAAAAGUCUGAUGAAGAUAAAGACAAAGAGGGAGAGACAUCAGUGGUAAAAGAGAAAUCUGGGUAUUUAAAAGCAAAGCAAUAUAUGGAAGAGGAAAACUAUGACAAAAUAAUAAGUGAAUGCACCAAGGAGGUGGAAGCCAAAGGAAAAUACAUGGCUGAAGCUUUACUACUGAGGGCCACGUUCUACCUGCUGAUCGGGAACGCAGCUGCUGCCAAACCCGAUUUAGAUCAGGUUAUCAGCAUGGAGGAAUCCAAUGUCAAGCAGCUCCGUGCCAAUGCCCUCAUCAAACGAGGCAGCAUGUAUAUGCAGCAGCAACAGCCUAUAUUAUCAACCCAAGAUUUCAACAUGGCAGCGGACAUUGACCCACAGAAUGCCGACGUUUAUCACCAUAGGGGGCAGCUGAAAAUCCUACUAGACCAAGUGGAGGAAGCAGUAGCAGACUUUGAUGAAUGUAUUCGGCUUCGACCGGACUCGGCUUUGGCUCAGGCACAGAAGUGCUUUGCAUUAUAUCGUAAAGCAUAUACGGGUAGCAACCCCUUGCAAAUUAAAGCAGCCAUGAAAGGGUUUGAAGAUGUCAUUAAGAAGUUUCCAAAGUGUGCUGAAGGCUAUGCGCUCUAUGCCCAGGCUCUAACAGAUCAGCAGCAGUUUGAAAAGGCCGAUGAGAUGUAUGAUAAGUGCAUAGAUCUUGAGCCUGACAAUGCCACGACAUAUGUUCAUAAAGGUUUACUUCAACUCCAGUGGAAGCAAGAUCUGGAGAAAGGAUUAAACCUAAUCAGCAAAGCCAUUGAAAUAGACAACAAAUGUGAUUUUGCCUACGAAACAAUGGGGACGAUCGAGGUUCAGAGGGGGAACCUGGACAAAGCCAUUGAAAUGUUCAACAAAGCCAUUAACCUGGCCAAGUCUGAAAUGGAAAUGGCCCAUCUCUACUCACUAUGUGAUGCUGCUUACGCUCAGACAGAAGUUGCAAAAAAAUACGGAUUGAAGCCUCCAACACUUUAAAACGGACUGCUGCAGAAAGGCAAAGAGCAGUAAACUGUGGUCCUGUUAAACGCCACGUGUCCCUUCAAGGAGAGCCAUGUGUCCAAGAAGUAGCGAUGGUGGAACGUUGUUUUUCUGCUUGUGCUGUUGUCAUUCAUUCCUUCUGUUAGGUGUAUGUGGGAUUGUGGGAUUGGGUAUCUGAAUUGUCUGGCCUGUUUCCCUUUGCAACCAGUGUUAGUGGAAAUAAGGGAAAUAAAGGUAUAAUUGCAUGAGAACAGAAGGGCCCCGUUAGCCAUGCAAAUAAAACUGCUGAAUUU